CGCCGUCUGUGACUAGCUAGGUGCAUUAUGUUUUAGAGAGAGAGAGAAGCUGCAGUCCAGCAGCUCUAUCGCUUGCUAAUGACGCUAUUCUUUGUGUCAGCAGUGCGCGUGAAGGCAGGGAAUCCCGAAGGCAUUGUCUUUGGAGUGGGUGCUGUCUGUUUGUCUUUUUUGACAUUCUAAACAGCUAGUCAUCAAAAAUGGCAGUGGGGUGGGCUUUGUUCGCAUCUUCCUAUUGUAGGGUUGGUAAAAAGUGAAAACCAAACAUUGCUGCUUAUAAAAGGUUUUUUCCCCCCUCUAGCAAGCGCUAAGCUGGCGUUUUGCGGCAGACUAGUGAUGCGUGGGAGGAGCUGAAGACCAUGAUUAUUGCUUAAUGGCUUCUCAAGUGAUAUUUGUGUUGAAAAUAUGCUUUCUGCACUAUUCCAUUUGUUCAUCAAAUAAGUUACAUUUGUGACUGAAUGUUCAGCGUUCUCUUCAAUAAUUUCACUGAUAAUAGUCAUCUUACAGACACACUCCUGUUUGUGAUGCGUACAUUCCCGUGAGACUGAUAUUGAGGAACACGAAAGCAAUGACUCGCGAAUGUAAAAAGUAAUACUUUUUCAAAUAAAUUCAAGGUCCCUUAAAUACACAUUUUAUUUUUUCCUUAUCCAGGUUUAAACAUACCUCUCCAUAUGGCCAAGAACUCAUGGGAUAUGUGAAUUCUCUGAAUAAUUUGCAGUGUCGCUAACAUGUAUGGAGAAGGACUGUUUGCUCACCACAAACAUAUUCAAUAGGACAGUGGUUUUCAACCCUGGUCCUGGAGUACACCUGUGUAUGCUGGUUUUUUUGUGCCCAGCUAAUUUUCUCUUUAAUUAAGGUGAUUGAAAGUGUGGUCCUUAAAACAGACUUGUUGGUUUUGGUCAUUAUUACCAUUUGCUUUGUCCUUGAACUCUUAAUUUUCUGCAUAUGGUUUUGUGUCAACGACCAGGUGUGCACAUCCAGCAUCGAAGACGUAAUUAAUUUCAGCGCUUGCCUUUUCAGUUAAUUAAUAGGUGCAAAGUGAAACCUCUUCCCAAACCAGUCAUUUACCGUGGCACUUAACAGAGUGGAAGCAUUAGUUGUCUAAAAAUGGACCUGACUUGGCUGACUGUCCUUUUUAAUUAAUACUGAACAUUAAAGCUUUUUUUUUAAUCAUGAAUGUAUUACUAAUGUGUCAUUGAGCAAUCAUCCCCCCCCCCCCCCCCCCAUUAGACCUUAAAAGUCUAAUUAAAAACAAUUAGCAACUCUUCGUGGUUCAGGAGUUGCAACAAAGAUUUGGGGGGAAAAAAAACCCCGGCAUACACACAGGGUACUCCAGGACCAGUGUUGAAAACCAGUGUCGUGGGAAUUCUCAUUUGCAGCGGUGCCGUAUGAACGAUGACACGGGAACAGACUAUAUAUCGCCCUGGGCGCUGUCGGAGUGCGUGGACGGCGGCGGCGUGGGUGUGGUCGAAUCCAGUUGCCAUGACGCCUUCUCCGAGGGGGAUACGGCGACGUCGUUCUCCUGGCGUUGGCAGACUCACAACGUGGUGGAGGGCGGCCGGCUGCAGAAGCUGGACCCUGAGCUGGUGAAUGGUCGCCUUUCCUACUUCCUGGGAGCUGUGGGCAUGCCGGGUCUCACCGCCUUAUUAGGGGUGAGGGAAAAAGGUCACGUGAAAGCUGGGGCCAAUCAGACGAUGGUGGUCAGUGGAGCAGCAGGGGCUUGUGGGUCGCUGGCUGGACAGAUUGGCCGGCUGGACGGCUGCACCAGGGUGGUGGGGAUCUGCGGGUCGGAGAGGAAGUGCCAGGUCCUGGUGUCGGAGCUGGGCUUCACCUCGGCCGUCAACUACCGCCACGGGGACGUCUCCGCCGCGCUGAGGGAGAGCUGCCCCGAUGGCGUGGACGUCUACUUCGACAACGUGGGGGGUCCCGUCAGCGACGCGGUCAUCGCACAGAUGAACAAAGAUGGCCAUGUGAUCCUCUGUGGACAGAUUUCCCAGUACAAUAAGGACGUGCCCUAUCCACCGCCCCUCAAGAAAGAGACGCAAGAAGCCCUGCUCCGCAAUAAUAUCACCAGGGAAAGGUUUAUGGUGCUGAACUACAUGGAGAAGCAUGAGGCCGGGCUUCUGCAGCUGAGCCAGUGGGUGAAAGCAGGACAGCUCAAAGUGUUGGAGACCAUCACGAACGGAAUAGAGAACAUGGGAGUGGCAUUUUGCUCCAUGAUGACGGGGGGUAAUGUUGGGAAACAGAUUGUGAAGAUUUCGGACUGAACUGACACCCUGUCCCUGAACCUGCAAUCUCCAACAGCGAGCGCCAACUAUAUCAGGGGUGCACAACUCCGGUCCAGGAGGGCUGGUCUGGGUGCUGGUUUUUGUUCCGACCAGUUACCUUCGUUUUAGUUUUCUGACAACUCUAUGAACUACGUUAAUUCACUCCUGCACUUGAGCACAGUAAAAUCUUUAGGAUACACUUGCAGUCUGCAGCUGUAAGUUGUAAGCUGGUGCAAAUGUCAGGUCAAGAUAUCA